ACACAAAUCCUGAUAUAUAUAGAUAUGGUUGUUAAGAGAUGUAGGUAUUUUGAUGAAUAUAGAGCGCUAAGUAUGGAAAAACAGAAGCCCUAUAUAGCAGUGGUAAUAAUACAGUGUAGCUAUGCGGGCAUGUAUUUGUUAUCCAAGGCAGCCAUGUCUUCAGGUAUGAAGCCUUGUGUGUUUGUCGUCUAUCGGCAAGCAUUCGCCACUCUUGCACUGCUCCCCUUCGCUCUCUUCUUCCCUAGCAAGGAGGGACUUCCUCCUCUUACAUGGACUGCACUCUCCAAGAUUUUCCUCAUUUCUUCCUUUGGGCUUGGGUUGAGCUUCAAUCUCAACUUCGCCGGACUGGAAUAUGUUUCUGCGACAUUUAAUUCAGCCAUGGUCAGUGGAGUUCCUGCUUUGGUCUUUGUCAUGGCUGUUUGUUUAAGAAUUGAGAGCCUAUCCAUAACUGAAUGGCAUGGAGUAGCUAAGGUGUUGGGUACCAUUGUUGGUAUCUCAGGAGCCAUGGCCUUUACUUUUUACAAGGGCCCUCCUCUCUUUUCAGCUUCCAUGAAUGAAACCCAUGAAAGGACUCAUACAAAACAAGAAUGGAUUAAGGGCUCUUUUCUCUGCAUUGCUGCCCAACUCGCUUACUCCGUUUGGCUAACCUUGCAGGAUCCACUUCUGAAACAAUAUCCGGGAAAAUUGCGCCUCAUGAUUUUGCAGUGCAGCUUCAGUUUGCUGACAACAACAAUAUAUGGUGCAGCCAUGGAGAGGAACCUAACCUCCUGGAAGCUUGCCUGGAACAUCCAACUCUUAUCCGUAGCCUAUUGUGGUAUUAUGGUGACAGGAAUAAGUUACUGGUUACAAGCUUGGGUUAUAGAGAAGAAGGGUCCUGUCUUCACUGUAAUCUUUGGGCCAUUAGCGCUUAUUUUAGCAGCAGUGUUGUCAACUCUUUUUCUCAAAGAAACUCUCCACUGGGGAAGUGUUUUAGGUAGUGGGUUACUUGUUGUUGGGCUGUACAGUUUCCUCUGGGGUAGAAAUCGAGAAGCCCAAAGUGGAGCCCAACAACAAUUGGAUCAUUCAGUGCAGGAAGCCCAAUUUGAAGGCAUCAUCACUACAUCAAUAUCAGCAGAUGACGAGAUACAAAAAGAUUCCAAGAGUUAGUUAUGUGCACUUCCCAAAACUGUUAAUAGUGGUCAAGGAAAUUGUCCCUUAGGAAUAUAACAAACUUAAACAUAUGUAUUUUUGCAAUAAAAAUACUAGCUCUAUGA